AUGGCACAAUCCGCUUCGAAAACGUCAGCUUUCUUUACAUUUGAAGAUGCAAAAGCGACUUUUAAUAUUUUCUGCUGCGUCUGCGGUAUCGGUUCCCUAGGAAUGCCUUCAAAUUACGCUCGUGCUGGGUGGUUCUAUGCAACUAGUGCACUAGUCUUUAUGGGUUUUGCAAAUAUCUACUCGGCAGUGGUCUUGUCCAAAGUGCUUUUACAAGCCCCAUCUUCUGUACGAACGUACGGUGAUUUGGGCGAAUGGGUUGCUGGAAAAGGAGGACGUCUUCUCGUCGUGGUUUCACAAAUGGGGGUCUGUUUGAUGCUACCUUGUGCGUUCCUCGUCCUUGGAGGUUCUUUAUUGGAUGUACUAUUCCCAGACUGUUUCAGCCAGUCCGUAUGGAUCAUCUUCAUGGCUCUCAUGAUUGUUCCCGUUGCUUUGAUUCCUACCAUGAAGGAGAGCACCGGUAUGGCCAUGGCUGGAUGUCUCGGUACAAUCGUUGCUGACUUUAUUGGCAUUGCGAUCCUGGUCUAUGAAAUGCGUGGACACCCAAAGCCACCCACUGCCAGUGUAACCCCUCAUCAAGUCAUCACCACCUUUGGUAACCUCUCGCUUGCGUACGCUGCUGCUACGGUGGUUCCAGACAUUCAACGGUUACAUUCACAGCCAGAACGUAUGCCCCGUGUCAUUACUAUCAGUCUCCUCAUCUCUAUAGUUUUUUUCAUGAGCAUUGCCAUUACGGGAUACCUUGUGGGAGGGUGUCAAAUGUCUGGCAAUCUCCUUUUUGUUGUUGUCAACGCUACGGACCCGUUCGCGUCAACGACUCUUGAAUUUACUUCCUCCCGUGCUGCUGUUGUCAUGGCCUUCCUCUUUAUGCAGGUGCAUCUCUCGGUUGCCUUCACGUGCUUCCUACAUCCUGCUUUCUACAUGUUCGAGCGUUUACUUCUUGGAAUGCACGCACCUACGACUUCCGAAGAGACUGCCCCGCAGAACGACAAGGUUUCGUACCUCGUUGCGUCGACACCUGCUGAACUCGAGAGCAACAAUGACCGUGUCAGCCGCCUUCAAGCCGCCAGUUGUAUGUCGGUACCCAACACAAUGAUUGCCGAUGAAGAUCUCUCCGAGUACAAGGGCGGUGUCAACGUCAUUCGCUACGUCGUACUGCGUUUGGUGUUGAUUACCAUUCUAGUCGUGCUUUCCAUCCUGCUUCGCGACAGUUUCCUCAACCUCACUGAUUUAACGGGUGCUACCGCUAUUACAAUGUCAAGUCUCAUCGUGCCUUUCGUCUUCUACCUCAAGGUGUUCUGGACCAAGAUCCCGGCGUGGGAAAAGCUGCUAUGCAUCGCUACAUCUAGCAUUUGCACUAUCGCUGGUAUCUACGUCGGUGUCGACGCUGGCAAGCACCUUUUCAAUCCCGAGAAAGAAGGUGUCUUGUUCCCGUUUUGUCCAGCUGAAUUUCAGGAUGAACCGUACUACGUCAGGAUGAUGACAGACGCGAAAUACUAA